AUGAAAAAUAAAAAUAUUCUUCAUAAUUAUCUUCAUAAUUAUAUUAUUUGCUGUUGUGUGGAAGGAGAUGAGUAUGAUCCUACAAAUUUCCAGGAAAACCAUCCAAAGUAUAAAUCCUGUUUUGGUUAUGUACAUGUCAAAAGAAGCACCAUUAUCUUAGCCACUUUUAAAUUAUUAUUAUUAAUUGGAAUUUUGAUUUAUAAAUUCAUUUCAUCAAACGACGAACUUUUACGUUUAUUUGGCUUGUUCGGUUUCAUUGCCGCCUGUCUCAGCAAUAUUCUUCUGAUUGCUGGAGUGCAUUCGAAAAAAUAUGUUUUCCUUAUUCCGUACUUUACUGCCUGCAUUCUAUUCAUUUUCAUUCUUGUUUUACAACUAUUCUACAGCUUUCUUGAUACAGCAAAUCUUAAGAAUAGCUUAGAGCCUGAUAUCGUUAUUUGGAAUCUGAGCUUGCUAGCGAUCACCAUAUUUGAAGUUUAUACUUUGAUAGUUGUAUGGAGAGUGUUCGUGUACAUAUGCGACUAUAGUAUGGACUGCAGAUUACGAAGAAUUAAUUAUUCAACGGAAGAGGCCACCUCAGAAUGUAAUCAUUUGUUCGGGACAACUAAUCGCAUAACUGUCGGCAAUGAUGAGACUGACAGCAGUGAAGGCGAAUAA